AGUAAGGAAGUGGAGACUGAUUUUCAAAAAGAAAAUCCUCUCGAGUUUUGUUCUUCUUUGAUGACCGUAAGCAGCUAAUCCCACAGUUUGCUGAGAACAGCUGUGUGAGCUGGAAGAUAUGGCCUGUGUUCAGUUCCUCACUCGCCAAGGCCUGCCCCCACUGGCGUACUUCAGGAGUUGUGGGCAGAAUCCUGGUGUUGUCUUCCUAACGGGUUUCAGGUCCAACAUGAAUGGGAUGAAGGCUUUGGCCCUGGAGGAGUAUUGUCGUUCUGAGGGCCGGUCAUUUGUCAGGUUUGACUACACUGGUUGUGGGAGCUCGAAAGGAGAUGCCGACAGUUGCUUCUUAGGAAAUUGGAAGAAUGACGUGCUUUCGGUCUUAGACAAUCUGACCACAGGACCACAGGUUCUGGUGGGCUCCAGUAUGGGGGGGUGGCUGAUGCUCCUCGCUGGACUGGCUCGCCCCGAGAAGAUUGUUGGUCUGGUCGGCAUAGCGACCGCCACUGAUCACUUUGUAAACGCUUACAAACAGCUCCCCCUUGAGUCAAGGCAGGAGGCUGAGAGAACAGGUCAGUGGACAGUGGCUUCCAAAUACGCUGACAGCGGCUUCUACACGAUCAAGAUGGACUUCGUGAAGGAAGCUGAGGACCACUGCCUCCUCCAGGGGACUGUGCCCAUCUCCUGCCCGGUCAGACUCAUCCAUGGCAUGGAGGAUGAGCUGGUACCCUGGCAGAACUCUGUACACUUGGCAGAGCGACUUGCCAGCCGGGAUGUGGACUUGCUGGUGCGGAGGAGCGGAGACCAUCGUAUGACACGCGAUGAAGACAUCCAGCUGCUGGUGGCUGUGGUCAGGGACCUGGUGGGGAAAAUCGAGAGAAAUGGCCUCAAAUCCUAAGCCCAACUGGGUCACUUGACAGGUGCAGCCUUUGGUGGCAGUGAAUGGCCGAGGUGUCGUUGAGUAUUUGCUUUUGAGAUCGGCGAUAAAAUGUUAAAAAAAGAAACAAAUUGCUUUGGCUGAUAAGAUCGCAAAAGUCACAUCUGUCUUUGCUUGAGCAAAAUGGACUUUGACUUCCCUCGAAACGAUAGAGAAGAGUUUCGGUGCGUGUCAUGGUCUCGGUGAAGUGUUUCGAGAAGUUCCGUUUACAAUGAAAGCCGCUGCACA